AGAGGGAAGGGAGAGUGCGGUUGGCGGGUAAAUGGCGCUAAAAGCAGAAAGUGAGACCCAAUAAAAAGUGAGAAUUUUCAGUGGGAAAAACCACGACUCACCUGACAAAAAUGGAAUCCCCAAUCCGAAAACGAUGGCUUGAAUUUUGCUCUCUUGCUUUCUCUCUCCAUUAUUUGUCAAACAAACAUAAUUUUUUUUCUUCUUUCUUCUUCGUUCUUGUUGCUACCAAAGUUCUCGUCGUUCAUCCUCAACAAAUUUCUACCCUCUCUCUCUCUAAAACUCCCUCUUUCUCUCUCUAAAGUUGGACCUCUCCCCAUGCCAACGGAGCAAAACAACUACUUUCUUCCAUCAGAAUCUCUCUCUUCCAAAAGGUUUGGGAAUUAGGAAAGCUAUAGCUACGUUCGUAUAUCAAUGAAGUGGAUUCCAAAGUAAUUCAUUGUUAAUAAUGGGAAAGAAGUUGCAGCAGAAACGCUCUGGCAUUUCAGUAGACAAUAAUCGUCAGGGAUGCAUGUGGGGCGUGCUUCAUGUUCUUCACUACCAUCGCUGGCGUUGUGUCAAGAAAAUGAUUCCACACAGGAGCCGUGGCGGUGGAAAGCAUGAUGCUGGAGUUGAAAAUCCAGGAAAUGAAAUAAAAUCAACCGAUGCCGGUGAAAUGCUGCAAGAACAUGUUGAUACUGAAAUGGACAACUCCCUUGGUGAAGAAAAGACAACAGAGGUAGUAGCCAAAAGAUCAGUGAAAUCUCGAAUAAAAGCUUUGAUUUCUGAGGAGGUGUCUAAGAGAAAGGUCCGACAUAGAAGAUGUUGUUCCUACCCUGCGCAAACUCAACUUACACGAACUAUUUCCAUCCAUCGUCUAGAACCUUUAAAUCUGGAUCACCCAGUUGAAGCUGCUUUAAAUAAUGAUACACCAGGAAAUAUUCACCUAGGUAGUGAAGACUCUUCUGCUGCCAGCACUUUGGACAUAAUGCAAUCAAAGGUCUGUGAGGAACGGGUUGCCAGCAACAAAACGUGUGAGUUGUGUGCCACCACUCUUACUAUGAAUUACUUGGGACAAAGUCCGGUUUAUGAGAGUGGGAAGCAACCCAUUGGGAAUCACACACCUUCUUGUGAGAAGUUCAACAAAGCAGCGCAAGAUCUGUUGGAACCUAGAAACGAUGUUUCAGUCCACAAGUCAAACCAAUCUCUGGAUUCUGUGGGUAUAUUCAACAGGGAAAAGGAGUUAUUCCUGAAAAUUCUACAAGAUCCAAGCUCUCCAUUGGCACAUCACUUCCAUGGACGACGAGCAUUCAACUCAAAGGUAGGAAUAAGCAAGUCUGUGUCAUUCCCUUUGGCUGGCUCAUCAGGCAGAAGGUCUGUCUGGCCAAGCAAGCUUAAACACAAGCAGGAGACCAAGUCUCGUGCAGAAGGGGAAGAGAAAUUUAAAUUUGGUAGUCAAGCUGAGACAUCGGUUGAAUUGGAGUCUAAGGAAGAUAUAAGUGAGAAUUCAGUGUCACAGGGAGCAGAUUAUCGGGUGAAUUGCAUUCCAAGAUCAUGCUUGGCAAGGUCUGAGUCUGUUGACAAGUUUUCUUCAGUUUCCCCCUGCCAGCUGAACGAUCCUGAAAAUAAAGUAGCAUUUAAGCGCAUCAAGAAUCUUAGACAAAAGAUAAAACAUGCAAUGAAAGAGAGCAAAAAGGAGAAGUAUCGGAUCUCUAUGGAUGCAAUCCUUCACAAAAUUCCUUAUGGCCAUAGGUUGUCCAGAGGCAUGAAGGAGGAGACUGCUGAUUUCGGCAAGGAGCCAGCUAUGGACAGAAGUAGUAAAAACAUUCCUAAAAGUGGUUGUGAGAAUCAUCAGUCUGUUACUGCUCUAAGCAAGGGUGGACUGCAAUCAAUCCGAAGAACAUCAUCUUUUGAUGAAUCAUUGGAUCGAUAUUGUAAGUUAUUUGAGUCCAGUUUCAACAAAGAAGCCAAAAAUCAUAUUUCUGAGAGAGUAAAGUCGAGAGCAGAAGAGAUACCUUCUUCUGAUGGGAGUAGUCCAAAACCCUUGGGUAGAAUUCUUUCCUUACCUGAUCUCAGAUCAUAUCUUCAAAAUGAGGAAUCUCCCAAGGAUAUGUCUUCAGGGAUACCAAUAAGGACAGCUGUAAACAGUACUUUGGGUAGAGGAAAUAGCAGGUUUGAUGAACAGAAAACUUUAGGUUCAGAAAAUGCAACUGUGUUAGAUUCCAAGGAAGAUAUUGGAAGUCAAAAAGUUGGUGAAUCAUAUCUGAUUACAGAGGAAAAGGUGGGAUUAACAUCAUUAGCAAAUGAUGAGGCAAAAGCUAAAGUGGAUUGGACUCUUGAUAGACUGGGGAACUUGACAACAGGGGAAAGUGCUUCUCAUGAUGAGCAUGAAAUUCUGCACAAUUCUAAGGUGGCAGAACCGAGUCCAAAUUCUGUACUUGACUCCAAUUUUCAAGAGGAUAUAACCAGCCCGGCAAAUCCCUCCAUAUCAGAAGGGCUAGAAUUAAAACCAAGAUGCCUCUUUUUUGAUGGAGUAGAUACUUCAGAUUCUUCGGCCAAUCAGCAAGAUGAGACAGGCAUGGAUUCUCCUACUUUGGCUGAGAGCAAAGUUGACCUAGAGAAAAAAGGAACUCCAACUAAGCAAUUCAAUAUUGACUUUCCGCAAGUUCUAGUGGACACAGAAGACUUAGCUGAGUUCAAUUAUGUAAGAGAUGUGCUGGAGUUAUCUGGCUUCAGCAGGAAUGAGUUUCUUGGGACAUGGCAUUCCGUUGACCAGCCACUGGACCCUUCUAUGUUUGAGGAAGUGGAAGGCUAUGAAACGGACGAUUCUGAAAAUGAAGAAGGUGCCAAUAGUAAUAAUCUGCUUUUGUUUGAUCUAAUCAAUGAGGUUUUAUUGGAGAUUUAUGAGAGAUCAUUCAUGUACUGCCCCAUACGCUUGUCUUCCCGUUCUCACAUCCAUCCAAUGCCGGUGGGAUUCCAUGUUCUUGAAGAGGUCUGGGCAAAUAUAAGCUGUUGCUUGAGAUGUAGACCUGAGGUUGACCAGUCAUUGGAUGAUGCUGUGAGCCGGGAUCUAGCAAAAAGUGAUGGAUGGAUGAACCUCCAAUUUGAUGCUGAGUGUGUCGGGCUAGAGCUGGAGGACAUGAUAUUUGAUGAUCUCUUAGAGGAACUUAUUUGUACUUGAGCUUGUUGCAGCCAGCUAGAUCAGGUUCUCUUCUGAAGCAGCUUUCUUGCUGAUAUAUAUUUUUUCGUGUAUAUUAAUUGUGAAAUUGAUAUUGCUUCACUUAGAUUCAUAGAAAAUAGUUGGGAAAGAGAUGAGGGAUAAAAAAAAAAAAAAAAAAUUUCCCUUGACAACAAAAUCUAUAUACACUGUACUGUUGUGAAAUUUUAAAUUGUAACAGUUCAUGUUAAAAGUAGAAAUUAAUAAGUGAAAUUUCUCAA